AUCUGCUUUCUUUUUGCUUAGAUUGAAUAAAAAAAUGUCAACCGAGGAUUACUCACUGCUGAAUAAAAAGUUAGAUUCAACGAGUUCAUUCUGGAAAAAGAAGUACACUUUGCUGUUAAAAAGGGCUGAAAAUGUAGAAAAGCAAAACCUGCGUAUUAUUAACAGACUUUAUCAAGUGAAAAAAACGUACAAGCAUUUGUCCAAGGGAAGAAGGUUUUUGAUGAAACGGUUGGAUAAACAUGGUGACGACUAUCGUUCAGUAAAAUUUUUCACUAACACUGAGACGUUAGUUGAAGGAACCAGUCAGUACAACAAGCCAGAAUUAAAUUCAAGGAAACCAACACAGGCAGCAAUCAAACCAAAGAAAAUAGAGAAAUCUUGUUCUCCAGGAAAAACACAAAAAGAUGGAGCCCCGAAGAAACCACUAAAUGCGUUUUUAAGGUUUUGUCAAGCGCAGCGAGAUAUUGUGAUGCAAGAACAUCCUGACAUGUCUAACCAAGACCUUACUAAAACGCUCUCCAAGAAUUGGAAUAUAAUGAAAGAAUCUGACAAAGAGGUGUAUUACAAUAUGUUCGACGAAGAUAGAAUACGAUACGACAGAGAGAUGGAGUUUUACAAAAUGGAACAAGAAAAGAAGGAGACGGAGGAGAGUACAAAUCAUGUAGAUGUUCCUCCGUCCUUAUCUAUUUUAGCUGAAAAGUCACAAGUUGUACAGAAGGAUAUGAACCGCGAAAAAGAACAAAUGGAUGUGCAUUAAAUAAGGAGUUUCACUUUAAUGUUUCACAACCAUAGAAUUCUCGUUCAACUAGUGGCACCGUUCAGCGAUUUAACAAAAUAGCACGUCGUUGGUCCGUAUGCUAAAAAUAGAUUAACUCACAAAAAAAAUAACAUUUGGGAAAUAUAAAUUUGAAAGGACUGCAAAUGAAAAUAUUUAUCUGUUUAAAUCUUAUCUGUUUAGCAUUUUUGUUUAGUAAUCUACGUUGCAUUCUGGUUA